AUGCUACGAUUCACUGUACGAGCUGCUACGAGUGCUUGCGUGGCUGUCACAGUUUUUGAUGUCGUUGGCCAUCCUGCUGUUGUCACUGGAGCCUCCAUGGCACCAACGUUGGAAGGAUCGGAUGCUCGGUGGUGGCAUCGAGAUCUGGUAUGGCUGACUCCCUGGGGUAUCCAUAGGCCCAGAGUCGGAGAGGUCAUCACGUUUAUGUGAGU